AUGGACUCCUUCGACGAGGCCAGCCGCGUCUUCCUCGACUGGCUCAAGCGCUCUGGCGCCGAAAUCAGCCCGAAGAUCGAGCUGAAAGAUUUGCGGAACCACCAAGCUGGCCGUGGGGUCGUUGCGACCCAAAACAUUGCCGAAGAUGAAGUUCUCUUCCGCAUCCCCCGCUCCGCCAUCCUCUCCGUCGAGAACUCGAUCCUCUCAAGCGAAAUCCCCAAAGCCACCUUCGACGCCCUCGGCCCCUGGCUCUCCCUCAUACUCGCCAUGCUCUACGAGUACUUCAACAGCGACGCGUCCAACUGGGCGCCCUACUUCCGCGUUCUCCCGGACGAGUUCAACACUCUGAUGUUCUGGUCCGAAGACGAGCUUGCUCAGCUCCAGGCUUCCGCCGUGGUGCACAAGAUCGGGCGCCAGAGCGCGGACGAGAACUUCAAGAAUGAGCUCAUCCCGGUUAUCAAGGAGUUUGCUCAGUUGAUCUUCGCAGGGGACGAGAGGGCGCAGGAGCGUGCGGCUGAGAUGGAGAGCGAGGCGGGGAUGCUGCUCAUGCACAAGAUGGGCAGUCUUAUCAUGGCGUACGCCUUCGAUGUUGAACCAGCGCAGUCGCACAAAGAGAUCGACGAGGAGGGCUAUGCGAGUGAGGACGAGGAUGAGGCCCUGCCCAAGGGUAUGGUGCCCAUGGCGGACAUGCUCAACGCAGACGCAGACAGGAACAAUGCUCGCCUGUUCUAUGAAGAAGAGUCACUCUCGAUGAAGGCUCUUAAGCCCAUCCAGGCCGGAGAGGAAAUCUUCAACGACUACGGACCCCUGCCGAGAUCCGACUUGCUUCGCCGGUACGGGUACAUCACGGACAACUACUCGCAGUACGACGUUGUGGAGAUCCCGUUCGAUUUAGUCGCGCAGACUGCAUCCGCAGCCAACGUCUACUCUGAGGCCCGGCUUGAGUACUUGGACGAGCAGGACCUCAUCGAGACCGGUUACGACGUCUGCGCAAGCGAGCCAUUCACGUUCCAAGAGAGCGUGUCUCCCGAGCUUGUUGUCGUGGUCGAGACCCUCUUGCUGGACAACGACGAGUUCGAGCGCCUCAAACGCAAAGGGAAAUUACCGAAGCCCGAGAAGGUCACCGCCAAGGGUGCAGAGUUCUUGCACAGGCUGGUGCAGGUCAGGUUGCAGCAAUACGCUACUACUCUGGACGAAGAUUUGAGCACAUCUAACGGCGCGUCACUUUCGGGUGAAGCCAUGUCGAAAGAGCGUCGAUAUACUAUCGCGAGGCAAGUCCGCAUCGGCGAGAAGAAGCUCCUCAAGCAGGCUGAGCAGGCACUGGAGCAGCUGGGAAGAGACCUAGUCACGGCGAACGGCUCCGCGAAGAGACCUGCAGAGGAUGAAGAAGCAGGGCAAGGCAAGAAGCAACGCGCAAGAUGA